UUCCGGCUUUGCCUGCUGAGCUAAAGAAAUGUAAACAAAUAGACACAAAGAAGAAAAAAAGCUUAUAAACAAAACUUAAAAGCUAGUAUAAUUUAUUAAAUUUAUUAUUCCCUUGUCUAUUCAAAUCGGAAUGGUGUAGACGAAGAAAAAAGUUGAAUUGAAGACGUCAACUGUCAAGUGUUUUUUGUGUCAACAAUCGAAAGAAGACGAAGAACAAAGCAAAUUGCUUUAAGCAAUGCUGAAACUGCUAUCCAAAGAGUUGAGGGAUAAAGUGCGGUCAGGAUGCACAAUUGUCACCGUGGCACAAUGUGUAGAGGAAUUGGUAUUCAACUCUAUUGACGCAGAAGCUACAAAAAUUUAUGUAGAAAUAAAUUUGAAAACUUUUAAAGUUGAGGUAAAGGAUGAUGGUUGCGGCUUAUCUAAAACAGAUUUAGAGUUGAUUGGCAAACGGUAUGUGACCAGCAAAUUGGCAACGAAAGAAGACUUGCAACGCGUCAAAAACUAUGGAUAUCGAGGAGAAGCCUUAGCCAGUAUAAUAUCAGUAUCAAAAUCUGUAAGAAUUGUCACCCGACCUCGCCGCGGUGAUGUUGAAUACAUACGCUGGUUUCGACAUGAUCAAUCUCCCGACACUGGGAUUGAAGAGGUCAAAAAUUCACCGAAACGACCACCGGGAUUUACAAUCACUGUAGAAGGUCUUUUGGAAACUCAACCCGUUCGACAAAAACGACUUGAUGGGUCCUUCCAGCUGCAAGAUGUGCAAACUACGUUGCAACACAUUGCUUUAAUCAAUCCCACUAUCAAUAUUGAACUAAGAAAUGAGUCCAGUAUAUCACCACUUCUGACCUACAGUCCAUGUUUUUCGCAUGGGGAUGCGUUUGACAAGCUGUACUCCACGAAGAAGAUAGAAAGCUUCAGAUUCGUCACUGAGAACCAUCUACAAGAUGGAUUAUUGUUUACAGCUACUAUUGGACGGGAAAUAUAUAGGCAAAAGUGCUACCAAUUUGUCUUUGUUAAUCGAAAAUAUGUCGAAAAACGUAUGAAAAUUCAUAAAACAAUGAACGACUUGUUAGCGCAAGUGUUGACCAGCAGUGACUCUCAGAAGGAUAAGUCGUCGGAUAAAUCUUCAUCAUUUCCAGUAUUUAUUCUAAAUAUUUCGUGCUGCUUUGAUAAAUAUUAUCCACAAAGGGAUUCAAAAUUUGGGGUAGCGUUUUGGGAUUGGGAAUCAUGUCUGAAAGGAGUUGGAGGACUAGUUCUCAAGUUUCAAAGUAGGGAAUUUCCAUUAUCCAAACCUGUCGAUGUAGGCCUUCCUCUAUCAUUAAGGAAGGAUAUUCAAGCUAGUCAACGGAAAAGUGACACAAACAAUAAGCAAGCUGUGAUAACAAAAAAUACAACGUCUUGUGAGAAAUCUUUUGGACACCACGACAUUACUACUCACGACGUAAAAAAUGCUGUUCAUUCCAAACGUGUGUUUCGUGAAGAGUCACAAGAAACUUGUUCUCAGGAGGAUUCCAUAAAUUUGAAUGAUGAUGAUGACAGUCAACCCCGUAAAUUGAAAUUAGGAUCAAAUAAAGACCUGGUGAACAGCGAUGAAAUUAUGAGUACGACCUAUUCUGACUUGGUUGAUUCCCCAAGUAAGUUUGAUGAUCAGAAAGUGCUGCCUCCACGCAAGAAAUCCACCGCAAAACACGUUACCGUUCGCCGAUCACCACGGACAGGUCGAGAAAAACAACUUUCCACCAAUGGAGCCCCAAGAAAAGAUAUUGUUGUUCGGAAAAUACCACUGCCACCAAUUAAAUCAAUUCUUAAUAAAGAUGUGUUUAGCAAGUUUCCUCAAUGGGAAAACAAAAUCGAAUCACAAAAUAAUGCUAUCAAAAGAAAAAUUGGUGUGAAUCGAACAGGUGCCACUAGUCACCUUCCUGAAAAAAGAGUAAAGUAUUCCAGCCUAAAAUACGAACCCCGUGGGGCGGCCAAUAAAGUCCUAAACCUGGUAUCAGCUCAAGCUCCCGAUAUUCCAAGUAUUGAACCAAUAUUACCAGGAGAUGAUUACCAAUUUGAUGACAACGAGAAAAACGGCAAAGACUGGACACUUAAGAGAUUUAUAUCCGAUUCUCAGAAUUUUAACCAAAGUCAUGAGCACGCCAGUUUGAAAUCUCAAAGCUUUACUGAGCACCUCAGUAAAGGAGAUGAGGACGAAGAACCGUAUUCGAAUAACUCAAGUUGUCCUCCACAAUCGAAGCCCAGAGUUGAAGUAACUGAAGCGUCAUUGACAUCGCUUUCUCUCGUACCUGACAAAUCUACCCCAUGCAACAUUGACGUUGUUGAAGAAGAAGAUAUUAACAUUGAUAACAUGUUUGCUAUACUAAUUAUCCAAUCUGCUCGAGAAUCCUCCUUUGGACUUGACACUGUAGCAGAUAUCGAAAGGGGGCUUCAGAGUGAUUAUUUCAACCAGGAGGAAACAUCCAUUAAUGACCAGGACAACUCCAACAACUUUUCUACUCCAUUACCGAAAUUAGUUUAUGCCCAGACUGACAAUCUUUGAUCUUUGGUGAAAAUCGGUGCUCAGUUUGCCUCUCAACUCGCGGCAAUCACCGUCAAACGAUUCCAGACACAUUUUAUUUCCAAAAUAUUUUAUCAGUAUAAACUUUCUCCAAUUUUAAUUUAACAGUCACUGGAUAACAUUUUAAUUACAGAGUAAUAUUACAAAUUGUAAUUUAUAAUUACAGAGUGUGACCAUUUUAAACUUGUCAAUUUGUCGUGCUGUAUUAUUACAUAUUAUACAAUACAAUUAAACAAAUAAACUUUGACAUCAUUUCAUAAAUUUAAA